UCAUCUCCCGUCUCACUCUCUGUCUCUUGUAAUUCGUCUCUUCCAUAGAGUAGAAAUGGAGAAUCUCACCCUCACUGGUUUGUUGAAGAAAGCCGCCGAAGAAUUCCCUUCCCGGCGAGCUCUCUCUGCUUCCGGUAAGUUCGAUCUAACACAUACUCGAUUGCAAGAACUGAUCGAACAAGCCGCCUCUCGCCUUGUAGCAUUCGGCAUUAAACCUGGUGAUGUCGUCGCUCUUACCUUCCCUAAUACAGUCGAGUCUGUGAUUAUGUUCUUGGCUGUAAUCCGAGCACGAGCCACAGCCGCUCCACUCAACUCAGCUUACACACAGGACGAGUUUGAUUUCUACCUUUCCGAUUCUGAAUCGAAGAUCCUCUUAACAUCAAAAGAAGGAAAUCCGUCUGCGCAAGCCGCCGCUUCGAAACUCAAUAUUCCUCACGCAACCGCUUCGCUAUCUCCGGAAGAAGGCGGCAUGAAUCUGUCCUCUUCGUCGCUGACCGAUUCAAACAUAGACUCGGAGCUUAAAUCGGUGUCUCAGAUCGUGAACGAAGCAUCCGACGUGGCACUCUUCCUCCAUACCUCAGGCACAACGAGCAGACCUAAAGGUGUACCGCUGACUCAACUGAACCUCGCGUCGUCGGUGCAGAAUAUCAAAUCUGUCUACAAACUGACAGAAUCGGACUCAACCGUAAUCGUACUCCCGCUAUUUCACGUGCAUGGCUUACUCGCCGGGUUACUGAGUUCACUCGUUGCCGGAGCUGCCGUGUCACUUCCCGCGGCGGGCCGAUUCUCAGCUUCUACGUUCUGGUCUGAUAUGAUUACAUACAAUGCCACUUGGUACACAGCGGUCCCUACGAUUCAUCAGAUCAUCCUAGAUAAGCAUCUGAGCAAGCCCGAGCCGGCUUACCCGAAGCUGAGGUUCAUAAGGAGCUGCAGCGCGUCGCUUGCACCGGCUUUAUUGAGUCGGCUGGAGGAGGCAUUCGGGGCUCCAGUGUUGGAAGCUUACGCUAUGACGGAAGCUUCACAUCAGAUGUCGUCAAACCCGUUGCCAGGGGAUGGUCCGCAUAAACCGGGUUCAGUUGGGAAGCCGGUGGGGCAAGAGAUGGCGAUACUGGAUGAAAACGGUGUGCCACAACCGGCGCAGGUUAGCGGAGAGGUAUGUAUAAGGGGAUCGAACGUAACCAAUGGGUACAAAAACAACCCUGAAGCCAAUAAAUCGGCUUUCAGCUUUGGAUGGUUCCACACCGGAGAUAUCGGCUUUAUAGAUUCUGAUGGUUAUUUGCAUCUCGUCGGCCGCAUUAAGGAGCUAAUCAACCGGGGAGGGGAGAAGAUAUCACCAGUGGAGGUGGACGCAGUGCUUUUGUCGCAUCCGGACGUGGCUCAGGCGGUAGCUUUUGGAGUCCCCGACGAUAAAUAUGGUGAAGAGAUAAAUUGUGCCAUAAUCCCUAGAGAAGGGUUGAAACUAGAGGAAGAAGAGGUACUUAGGUAUUGCAAGAAAAAUCUGGCAAGUUUCAAGGUCCCCAAGAAAGUCUUCACAACUGAUACUCUCCCCAGGACUGCGACCGGAAAGAUCCAACGUCGAAUUGUAGCUGAACACUUCCUUGCUCAAAUCUCUACUGCUAAAUUAUCCAAAUAUGGAGCAUAAUAUUUCACAGAUUUCUAUAUUUUCUUUCUUAAA